AUGCCCGUCCCCGACGAACACAUUCAUCCUGUCGCGACCGGCCCUGCCGCUGCCAUUGUGAAAGCCCACUCUGAGCCUGUUGAUGGCGGCGUCACUUUCUACAGUGGCUGGUUCUGCCCCUUCGUUGCGAGGGUUUGGAUCACUUUGGAGGAGCGCAAGAUCCCGUACCAUUACGUCGAGAUCAACCCAUACAAGAAGGAUCCCGAGUUUCUGAAGCUCAACCCGAAGGGUCUCGUGCCCGCCCUUGAGCACCACGGCAAGGCCUUGUACGAGUCGCUUGUCUUGAUUGACUACAUCGAGGAUGCUUUCCCGGACCACCCCAACUCCCUCCUCCCUCCCUUGAGCGACCCCUACGGCCGCGCCUUCGCUCGUCUUUGGACAGACUUCAUCAGCAAAUCCGUCAUCCCCACCUUCUUCCGCCUCGUGCAAGCUCAGGAAGACUCUGCCCGUAACACCGCCCGCGAGGACUUCGUCAAAGCCCUCAAGCAGCUGACAGAGAAGCGCACCGGCCCGUUCUUCUUGGGCGAGAAACUCGGAUUGGUAGAUGUUGCGAUUGCGCCGUGGCUCGAGCGCUUGUACAUUCUCGAGAAGCAUCGUGGGUUUAAAGAGGACGAUGUUGGGCAGGACUUUGUUGAGUGGAAGAAGGCUAUUACUUCGAAGGAGAGCGUGAAGAACGUCCUGAGUGACAGGGAGCACUACGAGGAGAUCUAUGGGAGGUAUCUCAGGGACGAAGCUCAGAGUGAGGCUGCGAAGGCGACCAGGAGUGGCAAGGCUAUUCCCUGA